AUGAAAGAGAACCGGGCGAUUCGAGUAUGGGGUUCACGGGUAUUGUUGGUUCCUUAUGAGGCACACCAUGUAAUGAAAUACCAUAGUUGGAUGGAGUCUGAAGAACUAAGAGAACUAACAGCAUCAGAACGGCUGAGCUUAGAAGAGGAAUAUGAUAUGCAAAGAAAAUGGAGACAAGACUCUGACAAAUGCACUUUCAUAAUAUUAGACAGGAAGCACUUUGAGCAGAAUGCUACUAUUGACAGACAAAGCAGAGAGAUUGAGGCAAUGGUUGGUGAUGUCAACAUUUUCUAUCCUCCUGAUUCACAUGGACGUGUGGAAGGAGAAAUUGAAAUAAUGAUAGCAGAACCAUCAGCUCGAGGCAGAGGACUUGGUAAAGAGGCUUUAUGUUCUAUGAUGAGAUAUGCACAAGAAUCACUGAAGACCAGGACAUUCACAAGUAAAAUUGGUUUUGGAAAUGUUGCAAGUCUGCAAUUGUUUCACUCUUUAGGAUUUGAAGAAGUCUCUAGGUCUGACGUUUUUCAAGAGGUAACAUUAUCAUUUGAUGCAUCAGAUCCUACUGUUUUCUUUCCCUGGACAAAGGAUUAUUUUACUGAAACAAUUGAAACGUAA